AUGUUAGAAUUUGCAAAUAAAAUUACAAAAUUGUGCCUUGACAAAUACAAGUCAUUGAAAAAAACUGGUAAACCAACAGCAAACGAAUGGACCGUUUUGUCUGGUAUUGUUUUAGAAAAUAGUCUUAAUGAAUUAUCAGUUAUUUCACUAUGCACAGGAACAAAAUGUUUAAGUGGCAAAGAAUUAAUGAAUACAAAAUAUAAUGAAAUUGGCAUUAGAUUAAGUGAUUCACAUGCUGAAAUUUUAGCGCGACGAGCAUUUCAACGAUAUUUAUAUAAUGAAAUUAAUUUUCUUUUAAAUAAACAAGAGAGUGAUAUUUUCAUUUUGACAAAUGAGAGGAGAAUUAAUUUGAAAAAUGACAUUUCAUUUCAUUUUUUCUCAAGUCAAACACCAUGUGGAGAUUGUUCAAUUAUUUCGAAAAUCAACACAUCUAAUGAUGUCGAUAGUAAUCGACCGUUUAAAAAAAUGAAAUUAAUCAAUAAUAAAGAAUGUGAUGGGAAUUUGGAUGAUGAUAAAAUUAAAUUUGAAAAUGAUAUUCAUCGAACUGGUGCAAAAUGUAUUGGCAAUGAUGAAAGACAGGAUUUACAUUUAUCGGGUGAAAAUUAUCAUGUAGUUGGACCAUUGCGUACAAAACCAGGCAGAGGUGAUCGAACAUUGAGUCUUUCUUGUUCGGACAAAAUGGCAAAAUGGAACGUUGUUGGAAUACAAGGAUCACUUUUAUCUAUAUUAAUUCCCGAAAUAAAGUUUAAGUCAAUAAUAAUUGGUGGCAAUUGUCCAUUUUCUCUUGAAGCAAUGGAACGUGGUUUAUUUAAACGAUUUAAUGAUAAAUUAAUUGGACCAAAAAUAAUUCAAUCCUCAUUUGCAUUUGACGAAAAAAAAGGAGAGACAAGAAAAAAUCCAUGUCCCUCCAGUAUUGUAUGGUGUUCAGUUUUAGAAAGAAAUCUCGAGAUCGCUGUCAACGGUAGAAAACAAGGUGUAACAAAGAAAAAAUCAGGAAUUUAUCUACUUGUCAGUCGACGUGGAAUGUUAAAAUGUUUUUUGGAAAUUUACGACAAAUAUUCAAAGGAUAUUCUUCAUUUACCACAGCAUCCAAAAAAAAUUACUUAUCUACAUUGUAAAGAAUGGUCACGAAUCUAUCGAAAUUUGUGGCAUCAGGCAAAAAUUAAUAUUUUUUCCAAAUGGCCUUCAAAGCCAUUGACAUUACAGAAUUUUAUAUUGUAAAAAUUAUUGUUAAAUUUUCUAUAUAGAU